UAGCGACUGACCGAAGCCUCCCUCUCGUCUUUACGCAAGGUUUUAAAAGAUGAGGUCUUGCCGUGUCUAUUUUGGGCAACGCUGUGGGCCAACUGACCUAAGGAACGACGUAAUCUAGAACAAACAAGAUGAAGCGCUCCGAGCGACUCUGCCCCGCCUACCUACCGCAUUUGUAAGGCGGGGCCGCGAAGUGACGGCUCUGCGCACGCUCGGCGCGGACACCCUCGGAUCCGACGCUGACGCUCGCGUGGAGCGAGAAUCACUGUAGUGAGUGGAGAGGCCCGCAGGUCGGCGAGGCGGCGUGGCCUCGCGUGGGAUGAGGGUAGGCCAACCCCGCAGGCGCGCGAGUUCCCACGGUCUCCGGGCUCCUCUAGCGUGGCCAGCGGGACGCUGGCAGUGGGGUGAGACAGACCUGAGUUGGGGACGCAGCCGGAGUAGCCCCCUUUCGGAUUUUCAAAAUGGCUGCUGCCCUUCAAGCACCAGGAAGGGGUUCUGUUCGUAAGACAAGGCCUGUGACUGUGAAGACGUCAUUGAACAACCCAUACGUUCUCUGCUGGAGCCCCCUGGCGAGAGAGGACAUGCAGUUCAUAUUACAGACUCUUGAGGACAGGUUCAAAUCUAUUGGACUUCAGAAAAUAGAGGAGAAAAAGAAAAGGAAAAGGCUACCUCUUCUAAAAAGGCAAGGCAGAGAAAAAUAUGGCCUAGACAUUAGUAUGAUUGAGGACCUGCAGGAGAAAAAGCCUGAUGCUGACCAGCAAGCAUCAGGUUGGACACCUGUGCAUGUCAGGAAGCAGCUUGCCCUUGGUGUUAACGAGGUCACCCGGGCCCUAGAGAGGAAUGAGCUGCUCUUGGUGCUUGUGUGCAAGUCAGUCAAGCCUGCCAUCAUCACUUCACACUUGAUCCAGUUAAGUCUAAGCAGAUCUGUUCCUGCCUGUCAGGUUCCCCGGCUCAGUGAGAGAAUUGCCCCUGUCAUUGGCUUAAAAUGUGUGCUAGCCUUGGGGUUCAGAAAAGGCACCUCCAGCUUUGAAGAUGAAGUAAGAGCUAUCAUUCCCCGAGUGCCCAGCUUAAAUGUACCAUGGCUUCAAGGCCGAAUUGAAGAUUCUGGAGAAAAUACAGAGACGGGAUCUUUGGAAGACCAUCAACAAGAGGUUUUGGAAACUUCAUUUGAAGACCUCUCAAAACAUAAGAGAAAACUUGCUGAAAGGAGGCUGGGUUGUGCUAUACCAUUACAACCGCUUAAAAUAAAGAAACUUAUUCCCAACCCUAAUAAGAUAAGGAAACCACCUAAAAGUAAAAAGACUAUUUUGAAAUAAUCUUGGAGAAAUGUCGUUUUAUGCAGUUUGCAAAAGGACACCUUAUAAAGAGGACUUAAAAUAAAGUGAGCUACAUUUAUGUAUAUUGCCGA